UAUGCCAAAUACGCCAGGAUCCCUACGGGCGCUGGCAAGGGCCAAGCUGAGCUGGACAGAGGGGUGGCCAGAACUGUGAUAGCAGUUGGACUUGGUGUUGCAACUGUUGCAUUUGCAGGUCGUUAUGCUUUCCAUCUUUGGAAACCAUUGGAGCAGGCAAUUACUGAGACAGCAGAGACAAUUUCAACUUCUAGUCGUUCAUCGUACUCCAAAGAAGGAUUUGAGCAGAAAAUGAGUAAGUGAGAAGCUAGUCUUAUUUUAGGUGUAAGUCCAUCUGCUGGCAAGGCCAAAAUCAGAACAGCCCAUAGAAGAACCAUGAUUUUGAAUCAUCCUAAUAAAGGUGGAUCACCUUACUUCGCAACAAAAAUAAAUGAAGCGAAGGACUUGUUGGAAUCCACUGCCAAAAAUUGA